GCUCGCAGGCCUCGCGCGCCCCCGUGUGGACCGCAGGGCUGAGCUAGUGUGAGCACCACAAGAGUGUGAUGGAAAGAGCAUUGAGACUGUAGUGUCCGCGGGUGUCACCGGGAGGUGUUGUGCGACGCCCGGAAGAUCGUGUGAGUGUGUACUCCUGAGCCAUGGUGUGUGACGCCAGGAGACUGUGACUGUGUAGCAGAUGAGAUUAUGAGUGACAAGGAGGGAUUGGGUAGAACUGCAUAUAUGAGAGACAACAAGUAGGUUCAAUACCAUGAGAGGAGGUCAGGGGUCCUGUGACACGGUGAGGUUAUUGGUGAUACUGUGGGGGAAAUUGUGUGGCAAUGGGAGAUCGUGUGUAACUUGGUCAGAGAGUGAGAGAGAGAGACUAUCUGGGGACUGAAUGUGAUACUGAAAGGCCAAUAUGAGAGUGAGAUAUUGUGACACUGUACGUGAGGGAGGCAGGGGAUAAGAGUGCCAUGUGUCAUAAGGGCAGACUGAUGAGAGGGACGCCCCAAGUGCUGGCGUGAGCAGGCACAGAGUGGGUCUGGGUGCGGCAGAUGGUGAGUUAAGACUGUGUAUUGUUGGCCAGGGGCUGUGGGAAACUGUGACGAUGACGUUGAGCUCGUGUGUGAUGCUGAGAGAUUGGUCCAGAGUCGUGAUUGCACACAGGAGAGUGUAUGCAAGUGUGUGAUGCUGGAAGAGUGCUAUGUGAGGACAAGCAAGAUGACAUGCGACAGUGAUGGCCUGCAUGAUGCAGACUGUGGGGUCGUUGAUUGUGAAUGGCACACGACAAUGUGUGUGAAGCACUGUGAGAUUUGUGAGGAAGUGUGCUAUACUGAGCCACCCUGCAUAACCUGUAUGGCAUCCAAAGAUGGUGUGUGUGUGCAACAGGAUAAAUGCCAUGUCCAACAACAUGGCCAAGAUCGCCGAGGCCCGCAAGACGGUGGAACAGCUGAAGCUGGAGGUGAACAUCGACCGCAUGAAGGUGUCGCAGGCGGCGGCCGAGCUCCUGGCUUUCUGUGAGACACACGCCAAAGAUGACCCGCUGGUGACACCUGUACCCGCCGCCGAAAAUCCCUUCCGCGACAAGCGCCUCUUUUGCGUCCUGCUCUAAGUUCUCCCGACAGUUUACCCUUCCCUCGCCCAAGUAUGAAUCCAAUAAACUUGGUGACCGUG